UCAUGCCGUCACCAUGCCUUCUCUGACCUAGGAAAAGAAAUAUCGCGCACUAGUAGACAAUUCCUUCCACAGCAUCGGUUUCUACACCGUGUGACCCAGUUCACUAUGAAUCCGCUGACGAAGGUGAAGCUGAUCAACGAGCUGAAUGCGCGCGAGGCGAGUCUCGGGGUGAAGGAGUCGGUUUCCUGGCACAGCGAGUACAAGGACAGCGCCUGGGUGUUCGUCGGAGGAUUUCCUUACGAGCUGACUGAAGGUGACAUCAUCUGCGUCUUCUCUCAGUACGGAGAGAUCGUCAACAUCAACCUGGUGCGGGACAAGAAGACAGGCAAGUCCAAAGGUUUCUGCUUCAUCUGCUACGAGGACCAGCGCAGCACCGUGCUGGCCGUGGACAACUUCAACGGCAUCAAGAUCAAAGGUCGGACGAUCCGCGUGGACCACGUGAAGGACUACCGUCCGCCCAAAGACACGGAGGACAUGGAUGACAUCACCAGGCAGCUGAGGGAGGAAGGCUGCGCCCCCAAAGCUGACCAGUCCUCCUCCUCUUCCUCAGAGGAAGAGGACCAGUACAGCAUCCCCGUCAAGAAGCCCAAGAAAGAAAAGAAAGAGAAGAAGAAAAAGAAGAAAGAGAAGAAGGAGAAGAAGAAGAAGGCCGAGAAGGAGAAAGAAAAGACCAGCCGGGCGCUACACUCCUCUUCUUCCUCUUCCUCUCCUCCUCCUCCUCUUCCUCCGGCCGCCUUCAGAGUCAAAGAGGAGAAGGAGGACACCGCGUACGACAAGUACAACCAGAGGAGGACUCCGCUGGGAGGGAGGGAGGAAGAUAGGGGGAGGAAUCGGGGGAGGGAGGGAGACAGAGACGAAGACAGAAACUACGAAAGGAAAAGAGAGUUUGACAGAGAGAGAGACAGCAAUAGACGAAGAGAGACUGACAGAGAGGGUGAUAGGAGCAGAGAGACAGACAGAGAGGGUGAUAGGAGCAGAGAGAGAGACAGAGAGGGUGAUAGGAGCAGAGAGAGAGACAGAGAGGGUGAUAGGAGCAGAGAGAGAGACAGAGAGGGUGAUAGGAGCAGAGAGACAGACAGGAGCAGAGAGAGAGACAGAGAGGGAGAUAGGAGCAGAGAGAGAGACAGAGAGGGAGAUAGGAGCAGAGAGAGAGACAGAGAGGGAGAUAGGAGGCGACAGGAGGAGAGAGACAGGCAGAGACUACGAAAGAAAGAGAGACGUUGA